AGGCUCUACUUCCUGCGCGUCACUUCCGGCGCGUCGAUCCUUCCCAAGAUGGCGGCCAGCGCGGCGACGGAGGAGCCGGAGCGUUUGUCGGAGCUGCUGGAGACCGGAUGGCGGCUGCUGGAGGAGGUGGAGAGCGGGGCCGAGCCUUCCUCGGGGGCGCCCGCCGUCCAGCGCAAGGUCCAGCGCGGGAUCGCCCUCCUGGAGCGGGCCGCCCGCGCGGUCACCGAGCUCCAGCUCUUCAGCCGGAAUGAAGAGCUGGAGGAGAUCCCGUCGGUCGACCUGAGGUUCAUGCUGGUGCCUGCUCUGCUGGCCGCCCUCAUCCUGAAGCAGGUCAAUCCGAACAAGCGCCUGGAGCACGUGGAGCGGGCCCGGGCUUGUUUCAUGGACUUCUUGAGAGUGUGCAAGGACUACGAGGUCGUGCCAUUUGAGCUUCCGCGGGAACCUGAGGACAGCGAAUCUGCUGGGACUUCCUGGAGCAGCCCGGCGCCAGCCUCUGACCAGACUGCUCUCCUCACAAUGGCCUCGAAUAGGAAGGCCAAGAUCGAAAGGUACAAGCAGAAGAAGGAGCUAGAGAACCAACUGGCUUCUUUAAAAGCCUUCAUCGACAGUGGCCAGGCAGCCGAGGAGCAGAUUCGGGAGUUCUAUUUGUUGCAGAUAAAGAAGUGGGUCAGCACGAGCCUGGAGGAGAUUGAGAGCAUUGAUCAGGAGAGAGCCAUCCUCAGUCGACGGGACGCUUUGAAGCAGGGUUCAGCCAGGCAGCCUUGUUCGCCUCCACGGCCUCCAAUGAAACCCUUCAUCCUUACCCGGGAUGCUGCACAGGCCAAGGUGUUUGGUGCUGGGUACCCAAGCCUGGCAACGAUGACAGUGGAUGAUUGGUAUGAGCAGCACCGGAAGCAUGGGGCCUUACCAGACCAAGGCAUCUCUUCAAAAGGUUCUGAGGGUGUAGAAGAGCAUCAGAAGGACCAGGAAGAGAAGAAGAACAUGGAGGAGGAAGAGGAGGAAGAGAGGGAUGAAGCAGUGCAGAAAGCACGGGAAUGGGACGAGUGGAAGGACACCCACCCAAGAGGUUAUGGCAACCGGAAGAACAUGGGCUGAGGUGCAAGCCUAAGCAGAACCAUGAGCCCCAUUGGCUGACCACCUGGAGCGUCAAUACACACCGCACCUCCUGUGGAUUCCCUCUCCUGAAGGGUGGGCAGGAUGAGGUUUGUCAGGGUGGGGUGAGGUUCGAUAUCAGGCUGACCUUGUAUGUGUGCCAGGAAGCAGAGGCAGCCAAAACGUCAUCAUGUGGAGGCCUUAUGGGAGGGUUGAAUUUCUCAUUUCCUAAAACCAUGCUUGAUAAGCCAAGUGGAUUUCCCUCAGGCCUCUGUCAGUGGCCCAAAUCCUGCUCGUGGAUCGUCUGCUGCAUAAGGUUGAUGAUGUCACCAGCUGUGGUCCUUUUGUGUAAGUGAAAGGCUUCUAUUCCUCCCACACCAUCAGAGUCUUCCUUAGGGUUCUAUUUUGUUCUGAGAAGCCCUUGGCAUAGGGGCGGGGGAAGCUAUGGGAUGGAAAGACCUUUCUCACUACACGAUUUUACCACUGGUAGUGAUUUUGGGAAAUUAAAGACUCUUUCUCUACUCCUGCCCCCAAAGUUCCCAGGAUGAAAUGGGUCCCAGGAACUAUUCAGGGGUAGGGAUAGAGUUGGAAGUCUUUAACGUAUGAAAAACAGCCCUGGCUGAUGACAUCAUAAGCCCUGUGCAGGCCCAGUUCCACAAAAAGGAUUUCAGCUGUUACCUCUUUAUUUAAAAAGUAAAACAGAAUGCCUUGGCCGACUCAUUCAGGGGAAAACCUUAAGGUCCUUAAUUUGUAAAUCAGAAAAGCUUUUAAUAAUUUGGUGACUCAAGCACAGAAGUGUGACUGACCGCUGCAAGGAGUCGGCCUGCCCAGAGAAAGGCCUCAUCCACUUUUAAGAUGUGAUAUAAAAACAUGGUUUCUUUUACUAGUCCUGCACUACAAGUGGGAAAAAUGCCUUUUUUCCAGCUCUCCCAUUCUUUUUCACUGAGGAUGGUUUUGGGGUUGAGGUGGGGAGUCAAUUUCUGCUCCUGGUUGCCUCAAAGGCUGCCCCAUGCACAGCAAAUUGCUGCAAUCCAGGUUAGAAGGAACCACAGCCCAGGUUACUGGAGCAAGAUCUGUUUUUCUCCCCAGGCCGCUGGAGCUGGUUAAAAAGCAUAGCAAACCCUGUGGAGUUUUCAGAGGGAAUGGAGGCCCCCGUCUCUAGCCCCGUGCAAGAUCUCUGUCCAGAACAGCCAGUUUCCCCAUCCACAGGGAGCUCUGUCUCGCCAGCACUUAAGCCUCUGUUUAUUAGCCAUCCGAAAACCCUCCAGGCACAGUUCAGAAUUUCUGGCUCUUCCCUGGGUUUAUGUGGUAGAAACACAGGUUUGUCCAAAGCUCUAGAAGAACAUGGUUUGGGGUACCUGUUGAAAAGCAUGGGGAGGGAAAGGGGAGCUACAGUACUCAGCCUCUCCCCCCCCCAAAAAAAAACAACACCAGGCCUGUGGUGACAGGGUGCAGCAGAAAUCCCCAGCACCACCUUCUGAAAUCCAGCUGCCUCUCCUUCCAGGAAGAUUCCAGGAGGACAACUGAGCUGCGGUGAAGCUGCUUGGUUGCUCCAGUAGCCACUCUUCUUUUGGAGGGAACUUCCUUUAUCCACAUGGCCGCCCUUCCCCUCUCCCAAGUCACCUGGGAGGAUGUGGUCUCGGUGGCCCUGAGGAGGACACUGGAAGGAUCUGUUGGCCGGUCAAAAGGGAAGGGGAAAAAACAGUUUGAAUGUGAAGGAACAAAAAUAAAGGCCAUUCAAAUGAA